UUGACGUCAGCGGAAGUGAGGGCUCAGUUGUUCAGUUGCUAAGCUGUAUCCGAGCAGCGACCGGAGUGACAACAAGUUGUCUUCGACUGCGGACGCCAUAAAGUACCAAUUCUGCGGUCAUUUAGAUGAGUGACGGUAACUGCGGUGGACAAGGAGGUGCAGUGGACUGAGAAGCUGAUGUCUGCCCUCAGUGCUCAUUAACCUAAGCAGUGGUGCAGGAGUUCAAACGAAGCAGCCAGUCUCCAGUGUGAGCAGCAUGGCUGCCGCCAGCACCACCAAGAUCUCAUGGCGACUGCAGGCAUUCGAGGCUCACUCCAGCAGCGUUUGCUGUUUGGCUGUGGGGAAAAGCUCUGGGCGGCUGCUGGCCACAGGAGGAGAGGACUGCAGGGUGAACAUCUGGGCUGUCAGCAAGCCCAACUGCAUCAUGAGUCUAACUGGUCACAAGAACCCUGUGGAGUCCGUCCAGUUCAACAUGUCAGAGGAGCAGGUCGUCGCUGGUUCACAGAGUGGAUCAAUAAGAGUCUGGGACCUGGAGGCUGCUAAGAGUUUAAGGACUCUGAUGGGACACAAAGCCAGCAUCACCAGUCUGGGCUUCCACCCAUAUGGAAACUUCCUCGCCUCUGGCUCCAUGGACACGACCAUCAAGCUGUGGGAUGUGCGAAGGAAAGGCUAUGUGUACAGGUACAAGGGUCACAGUCAAGCAGUGAGGAGCCUGGCCUUCAGUCCAGAUGGGAAGUGGUUAGCUUCAGCCAGCGACGACGGCACCGUCAAGCUGUGGGACCUGACUCAGGGGAAGACUAUCACAGAGUUCACAUCGCACACCGCAGCAGUCAACAUCGUGCAGUUCCACCCCAACGAGUACCUGCUAGCGUCAGGCAGCUCCGACAGGACCAUCAGGCUGUGGGAUCUGGAGAAAUUCACCAUGAUCAGCUCCUUGGAGGGAGACACAACUCCAGUCAGGUGUAUAUUUUUCAGCCCGGAUGGCAGCUGUCUGUACAGUGGGGCCACAGAUUGUCUGCGGGUCUUUGGCUGGGAGCCUGACCGCUGCUUCGACGUGGUGCCGGUGGGCUGGGGGAAAGUGUCGGACCUGGCACUCUGCAACCAGCAGCUGAUCGGAGUGUCUCACCACCUCUCCAGUGUGUCGUCCCACGUGGUCGAUCUGAAGAGGGUGAAGAAGAGCGGCGGCUCUGUGAUCCAGGGAAUCAUCCAGGACAAUGAGCCUCUCAAAGAGGUGAAGGAACCCAAAGGAGCCGCGCUGCGAAGGAGCUAUGAGAGACCCACGACCACCUGCGGCUCACAGAGGGUGAAGCAGAGGCCAGAUGCUGAGAGGCGGAGCCCCGAAGGAGAGAGGCGGAGCCCCAGUGAGGAUGAGGCUGAGGAGAAACUGUCAUCAGCUGAAAUCCACAACGCUGAAGACUACAAGGAGAUCUUCCAGCCGAGGAACGCCAUCUCUCGCACUCCUCCCAGGGUGUCCGAGCCUUUCCCUGCUCCUCCAGAAGACGAGACGAUCUUGGCGAUCACCCGUCAGCUGAAGGAUGUGGUUUCUCCUUUUCCCGACAAGCCGCAGGCUCCUCCGCUGACCACCUCCACUCCUGUCCUUAAGGUGGAGCCUACAGUGGUCUCCUGUGUGAAGCACCCUAGCCCCUCCGGCUCCCCUCCCCCUCAGCCACCCGCCACCAUGGCCAAGACCAAACCUCAAGUUAAAAUCAUCCCCAGCACCAGGAACGAACCCAUCGGACUGAAUGUGGCCGACUUCCUGCCUACGCCACUCAACAACAGAGCCGGAGCCCUGAGCGAGGAGGAGAGUCUGUCUCAGAUCCAGAAGGGUCACGACACCAUGUGUGUGAUGCUGAGCAGCCGACACAAGAACCUGGAGACAGUGCGAGCCGUGUGGGCCAGAGAGGACAUCAAGAGCGCUCUGGACACGGCUGUCUCCAUGAAUGACCUGUCGAUUCUCGUGGACAUCCUCAACAUCAUCAACCUUCAACCGUCGCUAUGGAAACUAGACCUCUGUAUGACGAUCCUUCCUCAGAUCGACAAGCUGCUGCAGAGUAAAUACGAGAGCUACAUGCAGACGGGCUCCACGUCUCUGAGGCUCAUCAUGAAACACUUCUGGGUGCUGAUCUCAGACACGCUGAAGGCCACGCCGUCUGUCGGAGUCGACAUCACACGAGAGGAGCGACAUCAGAAGUGCAGAGCAUGCUAUAAGCAGCUGAAGACCCUGAGCAACCUGGUGAAGAACAAGGCGGCGCAGGUCGGCCGACAUGGCAGCACCUUCAAGGAGCUGCAGCUGCUCAUGGCGCCGCUCGACGAUUUGCUCUGAGAGGAAGGCAGUGAUCCAUCACUCCAGGGAGCAGAGAGAGCGCACUCUAUGUCGGUGCGCUACUGCCACCAACCCUCCUGAGGCCUUGACCUGAGUUACAUGGCUCUCUGCAUGUGUGCUCUUCACAAGGCAGAGUAAACAGGGAGCAUUACCAAGACCAAGUGUGGAUUGUGGAUCUGUCAAACAGAGAGG